CAAGUGUUGACUAGUCUACAAGUGCUUGUACAGAGAAGUUAUCUACAGAUCCCAAAAUGUGUAAGGAAUUAACCAUCCUCGUAGCUGCUUUGGCCGUUGCAUCCGCCCUUCCGACCAAGCAAGCCUCACCACAAUCUGCUCAAAAGCGCAGUUCAUCGGAUGAUCUGCAAAACGCAGCAACAUCUUACCAAAUUGGAGGAUCCCCUGGAUCUCGGUACGGACGGCAUCUGGGAUACGAUGGAUAUAGUGGAUAUAGUGGAUCUAGUGGAUACGGUAGUUACAGUGGAUCGCCCAGUAGUUAUCCACUUGUAUACAAUGGAGGAUUGACCAGUGGAUAUGCCGGAGGAUUAAGUAGUGGAUAUACUGGGGGGUUGAACAGCGGGUAUACAAGUGGGUACCCAAGUGAGUAUUCUUCAGGUUCAUCUACUGGGUACACCGGAGGAUUACAAAGUGCAUAUACUGGUGCAUACACAGGAUACAACAACGGAUAUCGUGGAUACAGUCAAAGCAACAGGUAUCCAUACACGACGGGUGCAGGUUACGGAAACGCUUAUGGGAGAUAUGGAGGAUACACCGCUUCUACCGGUUACACUCCCUACUACUACUAUAGCAACUAAAAAAUCUAGAUUCAGUGCAAGAAAUUCCUUUUAAU